AUGCCUACCGAAGCUGGUCACCGCCUUUAUGUCAAGGGUCGCCAUCUGUCAUAUCAACGAGGCAAGCGUGUCACCAACCCAAACACCUCUCUGAUCAAGAUUGAGGGUGUGGAUGAUACCAAGGCAGCAAACUUCUAUCUCGGAAAGAAGGUUGCUUUCGUUUACCGUGCGCACAGAGAGGUUAGAGGAUCAAAGAUUAGGGUUAUCUGGGGUACCGUUACUAGACCACAUGGCAACUCGGGGGUAGUACGAGCACAGUUCAGACGCAACCUUCCACCCAAGUCAUUCGGCGCAUCGGUUCGUGUUAUGUUGUACCCAUCUUCGAUAUAA